AUGUUUAUGUCAUUAUUUGGCAUUGGUACUCGAGCUGUGAGAACAUUUGCUUCAGUUGGAUUUCACACUAUGAAACCUAAAGUUGUGUUCGUAUUAGGGGGCCCAGGAGCCGGAAAAGGCACCCAAAGCCAGAAAAUAGUCGAAACUUUCGGGUAUACCCAUUUAUCAGCCGGCGAUUUGUUAAGGGAAGAAAGAAACAACCCUGGAUCACAGUAUGGGGAACUUAUAGAGAGUUACAUUAAAGAAGGUAAAAUUGUCCCAGUUGAGAUAACUUGCAGCCUCUUAGAAAAAGCUAUGGAAAAAUCAGGCAAGGAAAAAUUUCUUAUUGAUGGUUUCCCUAGGAACAAAGACAACCUAGAUGGUUGGAACAGACAGGUAGCUGAUAAAGUAGAUUUAGAGUUUGUUCUGUUCUUCGACUGUCCUUUGGAAAUAUGCCUCAAUAGAUGUCUAAAACGUGGGGCUUCAGGUAGUGGUCGAUCAGAUGAUAACGAAGACAGUUUGAAGAAGCGUUGCAAUGUGUAUCUUAAUGAAAGUAAACCAAUUAUCGACCAUUAUGAUGAAUUCAACUUAGUGAAGAAAAUAGAUGCUACCCGAAAUGAAGAUGAAGUAUUUGACCAAGUUAAAAAGCUUUUUCGAGACAGUGGAGAUAACUAGGUGUAAUUGUAAUAUGUAAAACGUUGGCCAGACUAGUCAAAACAUAUUUGGUUUUAUACAAUUCUUUGCUGUAGAAUAAGUUAUCUUAAGUUGUACUUAAUUGGGGGCAUUUUUGUUAUUUAAUUCAUAUGCAAAAACCUUUUUACAAUUUACUUUUUCAAGUUGAAUAUAUUAUUUUUAUUAAUAAAUGUCAUAUUUAUUUGUACUUAUUUUUUUAUAUAUCAAUGUUUUUUUAUAAAUUUUUUAUAAUAUUUUUCUAUGCCCAAUAUUGUGGGCUUAGUAGAGUUUGUUUAGUAACUAAUAAAUAUUGUGCCGUUAUAAAGCGAAAUAGUCAUAAUAUAUUUAGAUUAUUUAUAUACUAUCUUUCUUGACUAUCUAUUUCCCAAUUUUUUUUAUGUGGUACUUAUUCAUUUUGAUAUUUAUACAUCAUUUUUCAUUAACAUUAUGGUAUUUUUAGUGAUUAGUAAAGAACUUUCAUACAAUACAAUGUCAUACACAACAUUUCAGAGAUUUGCAGAAUUAGAAUUUAUCUUUUAAGUCAUCUUUAAGAGCGCAUGAGUUGCCUUUUAGGUUAUAAACUCGAGAUCGGGUAUAAUAUGCCUUUGUUUUCACGUAUCACUUCUGAAUAUGUUACGUAUUUAAAGAGGCCACCUAUGGUGGUAGUGACACGUUGAGAUCAUCCAAAAAUAAGACUAUUCAAACCCAGGGAUGAUCAUCAGUUAAAUGAGUGUAACAGUUCAUUGAAGGUAUGUAUUUUGACACAAAGUAAAGUUUGAUUUUGGAAUUGAAAACAACAGUGAAACAGGUCCUAGUCAUCAACGAAGACAAAACCAAGUACACACGUUACUUAGGAUCCUAUAGCAAAUGAGGAAUGGGAAACAGCAUUUAGAAGUCAUAUCUUUGAACAUGCUGACAGCUUCACAUACAUUGGCUUGCUAGUGACUACUACCAUUAAAACAAGCGAAAAAAAUUAAAAGAAUCUUAUAAAUAGGGAAUACUAUGGACUGAAAAGACAAUUGCACUCAAGAAAUAUCCAAAGAAAAACUAAAAUUAUUACAUAUAUACAAAACACUGCUGAGGCCGGUCCUCACAUCUUCUUCUUCAUGUGCCUUGUCCGUUCCAAACGUUGGCAAUCAACAUUGCUAUUCUGACUAUGUUUACGGCAGAUCUGAAUAGUUCAGCAGAUGACAAUCCGAACCAUUCCAACAGGUCCCCACAUACGGGGCAGAAAGAUGGACUAAUGCAGAAUGAUGUGAGACUUUUGGAGCUAUAAACGAUCAAGGGCAGUGGCGCAAAAGAUUUAAUUUCGAAUUAUACCAACUCUUUAAUGAAACAGAUGUCAUAACAUUCAUUAAAACACAGAGACUUAGAUGGGCCAGACACAUAAUACGAAUGUCUGACAACCUGAUGAUGAUGAUGAAAGUUUGAUUUUAUUCUUAAGAUAAAGUUGUUUAUAAGUAGAAAUACAGGGUGACCAAUGACAAGCAUUUGAAACACAUAUCAGACUGUACUGACUUGCCUCUUUUGAACAUAGUCCUGGAGAUGGCGGUUGGAGACAACAGAUGAAAUAUUUUUAACAAAUCAUCACAAAUUAUGGUCUAUGCCGACGAUCUAGAUCUAAUUGCCUAAAAAAAUAUGGGUCAACAAAUAAAUGAGGAAGAAACUAAAAUGAAUGCAUCAACAAUCAACACAGCCAAAACCAUCAGUCUCUAAUUUGCUGUUGAUAUCUCUACCUUUGAAGUGGCGGACAAAUUCACAUACUUAGGCUUCCUGAUCACCAAUGACCUCUAUAAUGGAAGAAAUGAAACGAAAAAUAACUCUAGCAAACAAGUGCUACUUUGUGAUGUGUAGACACAUAAAAAAAGGAAACAAGCCAGAAAACAAAAAUAACAAUAUACAAAACCAGUGCUGACAUAUGGAUCGAGAACAUAGACCACCUCCAAGACAGAUCAAAACUUCUUACUCAUAUUUGAAUGAAGACUCCUAAAAUGAAUAUUCAGUGGCAUCUGUGAAAAUGGUAUUUGGAGAAAAAUGUGCAGUUAUGAGAUAUACCACAAAUAAAAACAUAUUUGCUGGUAAAAAUGUGAUAUCUCUACUUAAAAUAAGAAGACACAACUAAUAACCACUACAGAAACGGUUCACAUUAAGAAAAAUUAAGAAGACACUAACUAAUGCAUUGAUAUUUCGUAUAGCUAUAUGCACAUUAGGAAGAUUGUUUCCACACAUCUUUCAUAAAAUAAUGUUGAUUGUACAUGAACGGGUCAUUUGGAAUAGUUGAUCUUUCCACGGUUUCAUACUUUGCAGAAGAUUGAUGCUGCUUUGAUUGUUCGUGCUGCAUUCUUGUCCCAUAAGAAGUUAGGACAUGAAUGUUACUGCAAACGCUAAUGGCUUUUUGAAAUAUAAAUUUACUAUAGAAUGUUGCAUAUAAAAAAUUGCAUGAAAAAACCAACUAAAUCACAUUGAUAUCACAAGAUUCUUACCAAGGAAUGAUAAUAAGUUCGAUUUGACAGGAGGACAAUGAACCUACUUUUCAUUAAUAGUUUUGGGAUACUUUAUUAUAUGCAUUCUUUAUUUGAGUAGCCUCCAGUUACGUUCCCUGGUACCUCUCGAAGCUGCGAUUGUUGUAACUGAGUGUUGUUUCUUAUUAUGUUGUUUCAUUUGAUCUCUGAAAUGAUCCGUUUGGACUCUUUGGUGGAGCUCAAAUUUGUUUCUCGACCUAUUUGUAAUAAUUGUUGAUAGUAGGUUAAUCAAACAGUACUGAAUUGAAAAUUAGUUACAUAAACCUUGUUGGUCUUUGAAAUUUUGAUGGAUUCAGAUAUCGAAGAGCUGUUUCUAUUUUUUUUUGGAGUUGCUAUUUCAUUCCUUCAAAUUGGUUUUUGAUUUAUUAUUUACUCUGUUUAUGCAUAGAAUUUAAACCUAAUAACACCACGAGAAGUGAAUAUAGGAAAGCAAUGUUCAGUAUUAUAUCUAAUAUAAAAUAUGUUAUUUGUGCUUAUUAAUAUAUCAGAAUAUGACUACUUAUGAUAUUUAAGCGACAUUAAGUAUUCCUUUAGUAACAUCAGUAGUCAACAAUAGCGGGUAAAAAUACACAAGUGAAUAAAAACGGAAGCAAAGUACAAAUGACUACAUAUUAUGACCUAUAACUUAAAUACUCAAAAGAUUUUGUCAAUUAGAAACUGUAUUUACACCACAAAAUGAAAAUAUUUAUUGUAAACUCAUUUGCAUGUAUAGCUAUAGCAAAUGUCUAUUAUGGUGAAGUUUCUUCGCGCAGAUUUUAAAAUUAAUCAAUAUAUGACUUACUUAAACAACAUCAUUGUGUAACUAGAUCAUGGCAGUGAAACAGUGAUGAGCGCAAAAAUGAUAAAAUAAAAGAUAAGUCACUGAUGAAUACCAAACUUAAGUCGAAAAUGCGUUAUUUCAAGUACAUCGUUAUAAUUGGCGUUUGCUGUAGUAUACUAAGGAACUUAUGUAACUGAAGUUACCAACUACUCAAAAAUGGCAUCUAUGCAUUCGUUUAUAAAUUUCACAUUAUAUAAUCAUAGAAACACUACGUUAUUACUUUCUUUAUGACUUUUAUGUGGUAAAUGUUUUGUCUAGUCUGUAUAGGUAAUUUUGUUAUAUGGAAAAACCAUUCCCUGUCGAAUUAAAAUGUUCAAUCACAGUGCAAAUAACGAAAUUGUGAAUACCUUUAGCAUUUAAUUUUAAGAUUCCAAAACUGUUCAUGUGUUCUUUCUAGUGGUGUAUUCGUAUAUUUUAAUUUUGAUCUGCUAUGUUCACUUUUAUAAAUUUUUAGUUUAUUUUGUACUUUGCUAUGGUAUACAAUUUCAGCAAUACUUACUGGUAAUGAUCAUCUUAAAAGUUAUAAGAUAGAACUAGCAGAUUAAAAUAUUGAAAAUGUGAAAAAAGUUAAUAAAGUAAAUUUUCCCG